AUGUUUGGCGAUAGUCACCAGAAUCAUCAUAAUCAUAAUCAUCAUAAUGAUCAUGAUCAUCAUGAAGAUGUAUGCCGUCAAAUGGCAUCAACAUUAGUUGAUACAUUAAUGGCUAAAGCAAUUAAUAAAUGUUCGGAUUUUGUUCAAUUUGAUGAUAAAAAAACAAUAACAUCGAAUACGAAUGCAAAUGCAAUCAAUGAUAAUAAUGAGAUAACACCAGAAAUACAGAUUGAUCUGGCUGGUACACGUACACCAAGUCCUGUAGAAGAAUCGAGCUUUGAAUUACCAACACCACAAAAACGUAAAUUUAAAUUUAAAGUUAAAGCAAUUGAUUCACAAGAUGAACAACAACAACAACGACAACAAGUGAUGACUAGUAGUAGUAGUGGUGGUACAGAAGAUGAUAAUAUUGAUCCACUUUUAAAUAAUGAUAAUGAUGAUAAACAUAAUAAACAUCAACGUUCAAUGGUACAGAAUAAUUGUUCAUGGUUAACACGUACACGGAAUGCAAUACGUCGUAUUGCUGAUGAUUUGAAAGAAUCUUUGUUCUUUUCUACAAAAUUCAAUGAUAAAUUUAGUAAAUAUUAA